AUGGCUCCUAGUAAGCAAUGGAUGACACUUGUUGACAAUCGGCUCGAUGAAACCUACUUAGUUGGUGUGCAAAAGUUUUUGGAUUAUGUUUUUCAAAAAACAGGAGAGGAAUAUGAAAUACGAUGUCCAUGUGUCAAAUAUUGCAAUACAACUUUAGGGACUCGUGAAAUAGUUGAGACACAUUUGAUAGUAUAUGGAAUAAUUCAGAAUUAUACUUUUUGGUAUCACCAUGGUGAACGUUUGGGUGAGCCAUUGUCAGAAUUUGAACAUGAAGAUGAAGGUGAAGAUGAAAAUGGCGAUGCAGUAGAAGAAUGUGAGAGUGAGGAUGAGGUAGAAGAGUUGUUGAGAGAUUCAUAUCCUAAUCAAGAUGGAGGAACUACAAACACUGAUUGUGAUGAUCUACUUGAGGAGGAACCAAAUGUUGAAGAAAAAAUUUUUUACAACUUAUUAAAGGAUUUCAAGCUGGCACUAUACAAAAAUUCAAAAGCUUCAAAACUUUCCACUUUGAUUAAAUUGUUUCACAUCAAAAGUAUGGGUCGUUGGAGUAAUACGUCAUUUACAAUGUUAUUGAAAUUGUUAAAAGAAGAGUUGUUGCCUGAUGAAGCCAAUUUGCCAAACUCAUAUUAUGAGGCAAAGAAGAUAAUUCGAGAACUCGGGCUUUCUUAUGACAAGAUUGAUGCUUGUACUAAUGAUUGCAUGUUAUACUGGAAGGAGGAUAGCCUACUUGAUUCUUGCAAAGUUUGUGGGGCGUCCAGAUGGAAAUUACAUACACAUAGUGGCGAAACAAGGAAUAAAAUAGGUAAAAAGAUAGCUUUAAAGAGUUUACGCUAUUUUCCUUUAAAGCCUAGACUUCAAAGGUUGUUUAUGUCUACAAAGGCAUCUACUCUUAUGACAUGGCAUAAGGAUAAAAGAGUUGAUGAUGGGAUAAUGAGGCACCCAGCUGAUUCAAUGGCAUGGAAGUCAUUUGAUGAACUUCAUCCUUCAUUUGCGGCCGAGCCUCGUAAUGUUCGACUUGGACUUGCUAGUGAUGGAUUUCAGCCAUUUCGGAAUUCAAAAUCCUCACAUAGCAUUUGGCAUGUGGUUCUUCUUCCUUAUAAUUUACCUCCUUGGUUGUGUAUGAAACAAGAAAAUUUUAUUUUGUCAAUGCUUCUUCCUGGUCCAACUGGUCCAUGA